AUGAAUCAAACGGCGCGGGGAAGUAGUGAGUUGACCUCCUUGCACAAUGAUGUCAGUGAUGGCACGGCUUUGCUAGCACCUGCAGACGCAGGAUCAAUCUCGCCGGCACCGGCAGACGCGGGAUCGAUCUUGCCGGCACCGGCAGAAGCAGGAUCAAUCAAGCUGAAAUUAUAUAACAAGAGAAAACCCGGUCAAUAUACUCCUAUCGACGCUCCUGCUUCCAAAGUGAGAAAAUUGAAGGGUAAACUUCAAGAGACUUCCGGCCAAGGUGCUUAUACCGACAUUCCUGCUACCAAACGAAGUCAGCAAGACGCAAAUGAUGACUCUGCCCCAGGCCCAAGCGAGCCCGGUACGACCCAUAUUUGUAUCCGUAAAACAUCUCCGAUUCACGAGGAUGCAGGGGCCAGAUGUAAGCGCCAAAAGACCACCGCACACGUUGAGAAAGAGAAAAACGAAGAUGAUCCGAGAAUCCUGGAGACAAAGUCACACAGACCCCUUGAACUAUGGCACAGCAAACAUACUUGA